AUGUCGCUUCCGCCCAUGCUCAGUCCCACGCUUCCGCCAUGGACGGAUUGCGUGCAGGUCGAGUUUCCGAAAAUGCUGUCGCCCACCUUGCCUGCAGUUUUCGAGUUUGGUGGCAGCAAGAAGACGGCCCAGAAGACGGGUCUGAGUCACGAGAUGAAGGACAAGAGCUUUCCUGUCACUCUCAAGGUUUCCAAAAAGGCGCUGUCUCGGCUCGACAGCAAGAGCGAUGUUUCCAAAGCCACGGAGGACGAUGCCAGGGAGGGGAGCAGGGAGAGCAAGACCAAUGGCCGCACGGAAAACAGAAAGGAAAAGGAGGAACCAUCAUCAUCAGCAAGAUCAUCAGCAUCAUCGGCGCGAAUCCCCGCGGCCCGCGAUCUUGACAAAAGCACAACUCCAACCAAGGCAAAGUCAAAGGCGGUAUCUCCCACGCGCGACGAAGAGACCAAACAGCAAUUCAAGCUACUGCGAAAGAAGAUGCGUACCUGGCUGGAUCUGGCGCGCGCAAAAAAACACAUGUCAGACGCCAAGUUCACAUCUGAGGAGUUUGCGCUGGCGUCAGCCGCGGCUAUGGACUCGCUGCUGUGCUAUAUCAUUGCCUUCAACUACGAAGAGCGUGCAGAUAUCCUGACAGGCCGUGUGCCGCAGGACAAGAGCUGGGGAUCACUGGUUAACUUUGUCAAUAGAGUCAAUUUUCUGCUGGAAGCUGCCAAACAACCUCACCUGAUUGGAUGCUGUUACCUGAUGCGGGCAAUGAUUCAUGUCCGAGUUGGUCUGGUACUCGGCACUCAAGCCAAGGCUUUGGCACGUGGAGGCGAGGGUAACGACGAGGUGCCUCCGGCUGAGACGCUGGCGCUGAGCCUAUGUCGCACGCAAGAGGGAUACACGGCCGACUUUCGAAGGGCCAGUCGAAGUCUGCCGUUGUCGCAGAUUUCUCAACAUUUCCCCCAGUCGUAUGGGCGGCGUUCUAGAACAGCGGUGCCGGUUGUUCACGGCGGUGGUUACCGUCCUUGGUCGGACGAAUAUGCAUUGCCUCUGCAUGUUUAUUCGUCGUUACAGGAGGCGGCGGCUUUGGGCUGGAACAUGACAGACGAAUGGAUCAGGACUGAGGGAGUCAAGUACGAGUGGGCCUGCCGUGCGUUGGCAUGA